AUGCGAGCGUGCGUGCAAUCUGCUUUCGUUGCGAUCCCGCCAGGCAGAGAGCGACUCGGCCGUGGCAAGCUCGUACGAGCAGAGGCCUUUUCGCCCUUCACAAGGCGACAUGAACUUGCGGCAACGAGAUUGAGGCUGGGGCGAGCUUGCGCGACGCCCGAACGGAAGCAGCUUGGACCUAAUGUGGCGUCCUUGCAGAGGCUGGCCAAGCUCGCAGUCAUAGGCUUUUCUGUCCUUCUUGGAUUCAGCCCGUAUUUUUCCCACGACAUUGAUCAGGCUGUCGCUCUGGUGGAACCGUGUACUGAGGUGAGCGCAGAGCGUUCAGAACCGGGUCCCGCACCUUGGGAAACGUUGUCGUUUCCGACGCUACCUGCUCUACCAACCCUAGAGUCGAUCUACGAAGAGACGUUUAAGAACGGCCUUCAUCUUCUGAUCCUCGAAGACCAUGAAGUCCCGCUCACCAGCGGUUUUCUGCUCACUGAGGCGGGCUCGUGGCUGGACCCGCCGAACAAGGUAGGGCUCGCGGAGACGGUUACCGCUCUUAUUCGAGAGGGCGGUAGCGCAGCAUAUAGCCCCGAGGAGCUCGAUGAUUUCCUGGAGAAUCGCGCCGCAAGUAUCGAAACGUCACUGGGGGUCAAGUCAUUUCAAAUCGCUUUCCAGUGCGAACCAUCGGACCUAGGUGAGGUGUUGCGGGCAGCCAGCUCACUCGUUCGAGCGCCUCUUUUCUCUGCACCCAGACUGGAGCUCGUGAAGCAGCACCAGCACGCUAACAUCGCGCGUCGUAACGAUGAACCCAGCUCUGUGCUCCGGCGUACGUUUGCAAAGCUCGUCUACGGAAGCGUCUCGCCGUUUGCUCGCGAAUCGAGCGACGAGUCCAUCGAUCGCAUUGAACGAGAUGAUUUGUUUCGUUUUCAUGCGGAUCAUUUCGGACCGGAUUUCAAUACUUUUCUGGUGCUGUAUGGCGAUUUGGAUCGAGCGUCUGUUCGUCGGCUUGCGGAAGAGACGUUUGGUGACUGGUCGCGACUCGUCGACCCGCCCAGAAUGGCGUUGGCACCGGCGCCCCGGCCGAACCCGAAUGCGUCGCUGGUUCUGCUGGUGGAGAAGCCGGGACUCACUCAGGCUCAGGUGGCGAUGGGCGAACUCGGCGGCACGCUACGAGAUCCACUCUAUCCUGCGCUGGAUGUCAUGAACGCCCUCAUGAAUGGACUCGGCGGACGCCUGUUCGAUGAGCUACGCUCACGAAAAGGUCUCGCUUACUCGGUAUAUGGCGUGUGGUCGCCAAAGUACAACUAUCCCGGGGUAUUCAUCGCUGGUGGCGAGACCGAGACCGCUCAGGUGCCUGCGCUCGUUGAGGGCAUCCAGGCCGAGUUCCGACGACUCGAUAACGAGCUGGUUUCGCCAGACGCGUUGAACUAUGCGAAAGACUAUGUCUUGAAUAGCAUGGUAUUUCAGCUUGCUCCGAAUAAGAGCGAAAUGCUCCGUCGUCUUGUGUUGUACCGGUUCCAUCGGUACCCCGACGACUUUCUGCAACAAUUACGAGCAGGCAUUGAACGAGUGGAUGCGCGCUCCCUGCAACAAGCGGCUCGAGACCGCAUCGAUGAUGAUGCCUUAAUAACCUUGGUUCUCGGCGAUCGCAACAAGCUGGAACCCAUUUUGCGGGCGCAUUUUGGGCAGGAGCGGGUGCGCGUCCUCCCUCCGACCAAGUGA